GUAACUUGGAAAUAUACGGACUUUGAUCGUAUAUUUUUGUCUACCUACACCUCAUGACAGACACUGGUCUUAUCAGUCUUUACAAGAAUCAGUAAAAGCUUCACUGGGACUCAAUGUCGUCAAUGGGGACUUAUGGGCCCUUGGUUGGUGCUAUCGAUGAAGGAACGAGCAGUGCUCGCUUUCUGGUAUUUUCUGCACAAACCUCCCGACUGAUCGCAUCACACCAAAUCCCUCUGAAGCAGUUCUGUCCGCAUGAGGGUUGGGUGGAACAAGACCCUGUGGAGAUUGUCAGUAUGGUCAAAGAGUGCAUGAGUAGAGUAUAUGAUUCCCUAAAAGAACAACAAAUAGACCCUCUGAGCAUAUCUGCAAUUGGGAUAACAAACCAGCGGGAGACGACUGUUGUUUGGGAUAAAACCACAGGUCUUCCUUUCUACAAUGCAAUUGUAUGGCUGGAUAUUCGCACAACAUCGAUACUGAACCAGUUACUGGAGAAAGUGCACAAUAAAGACAAAAACUACGUAAAGUCUGUGUGUGGCCUCCCUCUGAGUCCGUACUUCAGUGCACUCAAGAUACGAUGGCUGAUGGACAACGUACCAGAAGUACAAACAGCCAUCAGAGAGGACCGAUGUAUGUUUGGCACAAUCGACUCUUGGCUGAUCUGGAAUCUAACAGGAGGCAAAGAUGGAGGUGUUCACAUCACUGAUGUCACGAAUGCGUCAAGGACUCUACUCAUGAAUGUCAACACUGCAAAAUGGGACCCAAUACUUUGUCGGUUCUUCAACAUUCCACAGAAAAUACUCCCAAAAAUACUGAGUUCUUCAGAAAUAUACGGACAUGUGUCAGAUGGACCGUUGGCAGGCAAACCUAUAUCUGGCUGCCUCGGUGACCAACAAUCUGCUCUGUUGGGCCAAAGAUGUCUGAGCCGAGGCCAAGCCAAGUGUACCUACGGGACAGGCUGCUUUCUGCUAUACAACACAGGCUUUGAGAAAAUCGAUUCAACACAUGGACUGCUGACAACAGUUGCUUGGAAGCUGGGCAAGACAGCUCCUGUUGUUUACGCCCUGGAGGGUUCGGUGGCGGUGGCAGGAGCUGCCAUAACCUGGCUACGGGACAACCUUGAGAUCUUCGAGAAGGUACAGGAAGUGGAGAACAUUGCAAGUCGAGAGAUGCACACGGGAGAUGUGUACUUUGUUCCCGCCUUCUCUGGUCUAUAUGCACCCUAUUGGCAAGAAGAUGCUAGAGGUUCCAUUGUUGGAAUAACAGAAGACACACAGCGGGGUCACAUCAUACGAGCGACUCUGGAGGCAAUAUGUUUCCAAACCAGGGAUAUCCUAGAGGCCAUGAACAAAGACUGUGGCAUACCACUGUCUAAGCUGCAGGUGGACGGGGGCAUGACCAGUAACAACUUGCUGAUGCAGCUGCAAGCCGAUCUUAGUGGGAUACCAGUAGUGAGGCCGCACAUGGCCGAGACAACGGCACUGGGAGCUGCUAUGGCAGCAGGCUCUGCUGAGGGUAUCAAGGUGUGGGACUUGAAGCACCUACAGCCGACCUCCAACGACACGUUCAGUCCAGUUGUCACUGACGAAGAACGUGAUAACCGUUACAUCAAGUGGAAGAUGGCAGUGGAACGGUGCAUGCACUGGGACAUAUAAUUUUCUCCAAAAAACCACAACUGUAUAAAAAUUGUUCCAUUUGUAAAAGAAAUUUUUUUAUAAAAAUAAAUUUUGUGACUAUAAGAAA